AGUCCUACUUAGGCCUACGGUACCGUGGCCAUGUGGUAGUCUACAAGUAACCAGGUGGGUGAACACUGAGACGCGCCUUAACAGCGUCCCUUGACAUAGCCUACUUUUCCCCGCGUGCGUCUCCACUACUUCCGCAACAGAUCUGCUGUCCGGUUUUGAAAGAGUGGAUUAUCCCCUUUGAUGGACCAAUGAGGACAGCGCAACAGUCGUCCGGUCACCUGGAUAACGAGAGCGCAGGCCUAUGGAGUGGAAACAGACGCUUGGUGGGAUCUGUGGAAGCGCACUCGCUAUGAAUUUUGUCUGCGGGUGACACGGACAGAGUGCAAAUUAUGGAUUUAAUUACUUUCUAAAUACUAAACACAAACAUGAAAGACUUACCUGUGGAAUCAAAAGACCACCAACUCACGGUGGCACUGCGUAUCCGCCCACUGAAUGAGGCCGAAAUGGACGAAGGGGCGUCGGUGGUGGCCCAGCGCGUGGACGACCAGGUGGUGGUGCUGAUGGACCCCUGUGAGGACACGGAUAAUCACCUGAGGGCCAACCGCUCCCGAGAGAAGACCUACAUGUUCGACGUGGCCUUCGACCAGCAGGCACGGCAGGAGGAGGUGUAUGCCGCCACCACUAAGAACCUGAUUGAGGGGGUGAUCUCUGGAUACAACGCCACUGUCUUUGCCUAUGGACCCACAGGUGCGGGUAAGACCUACACCAUGCUGGGCAUAGACUCGGAGCCGGGCAUCUACGUGAGGACCCUGAACGACCUCUUCAAGGCCAUCGAGGCCUGUAAGGACGACAUGGACUGCAGCGUCUACAUGUCCUACCUGGAGAUCUACAAUGAGAUGAUCCGUGACCUGUUGAACCCGUCCUCUGGGUUUCUGGACCUGCGGGAGGACGCCAAGGGGGAGAUCCGCAUCGCUGGCAUCACAGAGUUCUCCACCAGCAAUGCCAAAGAGAUUAUGGCACUGCUGACCAAAGGCAACAAGCAGCGCACACAGGAGCCCACGGCAGCAAACAAGACCUCCUCCAGAUCACAUGCUAUACUGCAGGUGACGGUGAAGCAGAAGAGUAGGGUGAAGAACAUCAACGAGGAGGUGAGGAUGGGCAAACUCUUCAUGGUGGACCUGGCAGGGACCGAGAGGGCCUCACAGACCCAGAACAGGGGGAAGAGGAUGAAGGAGGGGGCCCACAUCAACCGCUCCCUGCUGGCCCUGGCCAACUGCAUCAACGCCCUGAGUGAGAGGGGCGGACGCCAGUUCGUCAACUACCGCGACAGCAAGCUCACUCGCCUGCUCAAGGAUGCUCUGGGUGGUAACAGCCGCACUGUAAUGAUCGCCCACAUCAGCCCGGCCAGCACCAACUUUGAGGAGUCCAGGAAUACCCUCGUGUAUGCAGACAAGGCCAAGAACAUCAAGACCAAGGUGAAGCGGAACCUGUUCAACGUGUCCUAUCACCUGGCCCAGUACACCAACAUCAUCGCCGAGCUGAGGAACGAGAUCGAGCGACUCCGGGCCAAGAUCGACGAACAAGGGCAGGAGAUGAGGAGGGGAGACAAGGGAGACAGGGCAGACAUCCGCGAAGUACAGGCCGAAGUCCAGCAGUACAGCCGUCGUGAGAUGUCUUCCCUGCGCGAGCAGCUCAUGUCCGCCUUCAGAGAGCAGAUGGAGAUCAGACGCAGUCUGAUGGAGCUGGAGAACUGCAGCCUGGAACUCCACAUUGACACGAGCAGACACCUGGCCACCAUCUCAGAUUGGGAGCGCGAGCGGGCCAGAGAAGGGAGAGAGGAGGAUGGAGAGGAGGAGGAGGAGGAGGAGGAGGAGGAGGAGGAAGGGAGCGGAGGAGAGGAGAGGAUGGAGCCUCAGCAUGUGGUGGCUGCUCGAGAGGAACUGGGACCCCUACUGGCCGAACAGAGGAAGACCAUGGCACUCAAGGUGGAGCUGGAGGAGAAGCUGGCCUCCAUGAAGCACAGGUCCAGCCGCCUGGAGGAGCUGUUGCCGCGGCGGGUUGCCAACGCCGAGCAGCGCGAGCUGCUGUCCCUGCUCUGCCAGACCCACGAGCUGGAGCUGGACAACACGGAGCUGCAGGCCGCCGCGCUCCGGAGGCAGCACGCGCUCCGACACCGAGACUUUUUGCUGCAGCGGCACGAGCAGAGGAGGCACUUGGCCGACGACAUUAUACACCAACAGAGAGCCGUUAUUCAGGAUAACGGUCUGGUGAUUCCUGAGGAGUUGCAGCAGAUGUACUCCGUGUACCUGAGCGAGCUGAAUGAGGGGGGCAUGGACCAGCUACUCAACCUCCUCACCGUCACGUCCACCAACAUGACGGACGAGUCCAUCCUGGCAGUUGCUAAGCAGCUGAAGCUGGAUGACCUGGUGUGUGAGAUCCUCCAUGGCAACCAGGCAGAGUCAGCAGCAGCAGCAGCAGCAUCCCGGCCUGACAACAGGAGGACCAGCAACAGGCACCCUGUCACCACCACCACCACCACCACCAUGGCCACCAUGGCCAACUCAUCCACCUCCGGACCCAACAACGACAGUGACAGUAAUAAGAUGUUCAAGAGCAGCACAAGACCAUCACGUGUCCCCCGACGCCGGCCUCUGUCAUCCAGCCCUCCUCCCCUGACGCAGUCCACAGGUGGUAAGGUGGUGGGUGCGGUGAGUGCUGAUACACUGCGUGAGAUCGCCAGCGAUACCAAGAGCAUCUCUGUCAUCGCAGCACAGAGGAGAUCACGCAUCAAGGCUACCAAUAAGCAGCGUAGUCACUCCCUGGAGCGGGGCCUGGGUGCAGUGGCGGGCGCAGCUGUCCGCCCGGAGGCGUCGCCAGACAACUCCACUGCCACCACAACCACAACCACAGCCACCACAGCUGCAACAGCUGUCCCCAAGACACCCAACUUCUCCACGGCCACCAUCACCAAGGCCACCGCCUCAGCCCUGGUAGCGGCGGCCAGGCGCGGUCUGCGUGCGGCGGGGAGCGUGGAAAGCCUGUCGACCAGCACGCCGGACGACGACCCAUCGAGGGAAGGCAGGCGGAGGCGUACCGGAGCAGGAGCUGGCCCGGGUGUGAGCCAGAACGGAGCCGGAGCCAAGAAGGAGCCUGCGACGAGAGCGGAGCGCCGGAAUGCCAAGUCACCGGAGAGACACCAGAAGCAGAUCCGACGCCGGCGCUCCAAGUCGUUUGAUGUCAACGGAAAACGGAAACCCAAGAUCGGCGCCUCCAAACACCCUGUGCUUGAGAGCGUGUCCGACAACCGCCUGACGCGCCCCUCUCCCGCCCCGACUGCCGCCGCCCAGCCCCUGCCAAGCAACGUGGGAAACCCUGCCACGCCUCCCACCGUCAAAGUCAAAUACAGCGUCUCCCAUCACACAGGAGAUAACCCGCUACAGAAGCUGGAGAUUAGGGGCACCCCCCCCAGCACCAUCCACCAGAAGAACCAGGACGGAAAGAUCGGACACACACUGCACAGACGAGUACGAGGUCCCCCUGAUCCCACUGGCUCCAACCACCUCCUCUCGCAGCCGGGCAACUACAAGAAGACCAACCACAACCACAACCAGGCCCCCAGCCAGGGCCACAGCAACACCAACACACCCCGGCACAGAGCCAGCCAUGACGUCACCACCACCCACACCAAACCCAACACCACCACCACCACCAAACACACAGACAACCGCCACAAGAAGACCGCUGCAUGACUAGUGUAGUAGACAAAAGAAGGGGAAAAAAACACAUGCACUAGGCUACACUCUGUGUGUGUGUGUGUGUGUGUGUGUGUGUGUGUGUGUGUGUGUGUGUGUGUGUGUGUGUGUGUGUGUGUGUGUGUGUGUGUGUGUGUGUGUGUGUGAUUUAAUACAGUACUCACUGGGGUCUGGAGGAGAGUUGUGGAGUGUGAUGUGAUGUGAAGGCCCAUUUUGAGGUCAAGAACACAAGUUACUGGCACCAUGUCUACAACGUGUGCAUAAUGUAUACCAAGCUAGAGAUAGACUCAAAUGCUUGGGACUGUUUACAUCUAGGCCUACUUAUAGUUCAUGCUGUAGGUUUGUGAUUACUUUCGGAGGAUUCCUAAAACUUUAGACGCUAUGCCAUUGAAUUAUAACAUUGCAAUAACAGUUGUGUGGAAAGCAGGGGCAGCAGUUCUUUUAUUUGGUGUGUUAGGCCUAAUAACUUUUUAUAAUCACAUCAUAUAGCCUAAUUAGAGAGGACUUUAGAUAGGCAAACUCUUACAAAACCUUUGAUCUUAUGUCAGCUGCUAUGUUUUCAUGUUUUCUACAU